CUGCCACGUCGACCAGGUAUCAUCGAGUACCCCUCCAAUCACACUUUAUAAACCGCAGACACAACCACACCGACUCACCCAACAUGGCCGAGUCGGAGAGCAAGUGCCCCGUCCACAAACUCAACAAUGUCGGCGGCGGCGGCACCCGCAACCGUGACUGGUGGCCCAAUGCUCUGAAGCUCAACAUUCUCCGUCAGCACACAGAUGUCACGAACCCCCUCGGCAGCGAUUUUGACUAUGCUGCUGCCUUCAACAGCCUCGACUACAAUGCCGUCAAGAAGGACCUCAAGGACCUCAUGACCGACUCUCAGGACUGGUGGCCCGCCGACUUUGGUCACUACGGAGGUCUCUUCGUUCGCAUGGCAUGGCACAGCGCCGGUACCUACCGCGUCUUCGACGGCCGCGGUGGUGGUGGCCAGGGCCAGCAGCGUUUUGCUCCCCUCAACAGCUGGCCCGACAACGUCUCGCUCGACAAGGCUCGUCGCCUGUUGUGGCCCAUCAAGCAGAAGUACGGCAACAAGAUCUCCUGGGCUGAUCUGCUGCUUCUCACCGGCAAUGUCGCCCUCGAGUCGAUGGACUUCAAGACAUUUGGCUUCGCUGGUGGCCGUGCCGACGUCUGGGAGGCCGACGAGUCGGUCUACUGGGGUGGCGAGACCACUUGGCUUGGCAACGACGUCCGCUACUCUGGCGGCAACAAGGGCGACAAGGGUCCGGGCAGCCUCGUCACCGACGAGGGCCAUGAUAAGGGCACCCACACCCGUGACUUGCAGAAGCCUCUCGGUGCUGCCCACAUGGGUCUGAUCUACGUCAACCCCGAGGGCCCCGAUGGUAACCCCGACCCUGUUGCGGCUGCCCACGACAUCCGCACCACCUUCGGCCGCAUGGCCAUGAACGACGAGGAGACCGUCGCUCUCAUUGCUGGUGGUCACUCCUUCGGCAAGACCCACGGCGCCGGCCCCAACGACAAGAUUGGUGCCGAGCCCGAAGGUGCCUCUCUUGAGGCUCAGGGUUUCGGCUGGCAGAACGGAUACAAGUCUGGCAAGGGUCCCGACACCAUCACCAGCGGUCUCGAGGUCACCUGGACUGCGACCCCGACCAAGUGGAGCAACAAGUACUUCGAGUACCUCUUUAAGUACGAGUGGGAGCUCACCAAGAGCCCUGCUGGCGCCAACCAGUGGGUGGCCAAGACGGAUGACGAGAUCAUUCCCGAUGCCUACGACUCGUCCAAGAAGCACCGCCCUACCAUGCUCACUACCGAUCUGUCCAUGCGCUUCGAUCCCGAGUACGAGAAGAUCUCUCGCCGUUUCCUCGAGAACCCAGACCAGUUUUGCCGAUGCUUUCGCUCGCGCCUGGACCCCAUCCCCGCUGUUGACCACCCUCUGAUCGACGAGAGCGAUAUUGCGGCUCUCAAGAAGGAGAUCCUCUCCUCCGGACCUGAGCCCUUCGCACCACCUCGAGCCUUUUGCCGACGCUUCCGCAACUACGGCCACUCGACCGACCGCGUCAAGACUGAGCAGUUCCUUGUUGACCGUGCUCACCUCCUGACGCUGUCGGCGCCUGAGCUGACCGCCCUGGUUGGUGGCCUCCGCGUUCUGAACACCAACUACGACGGAUCCCAGCAUGGCGUCCUGACCAAGCGCCCCGGCCAGCUGUCCAACGACUUCUUUGUCAACCUGCUGGACAUGAGCACGGCAUGGAAGGCUACCGGCAGCGACGACGAGCUUUUCGAGGGUAGCGACCGCAAGACUGGCGACAAGAGGUGGACUGCCACGCGUGCGGAUCUCGUUUUCGGAUCCCACGCCGAGCUGCGCGCCCUUGCCGAAGUGUACGGCAGUGCCGACGCCGAGAAGAAGUUUGUCAACGACUUUGUCGCGGCGUGGACCAAGGUCUCGAACCUCGACCGCUUCGAUGUCAAGAAGGCGCCUGCCGUCAAGACGUCGAGCCGCCUGUAA